AUGUCCGAAAUAGAGCGAGAUGGUGUCAAUAAAUCACCUAAGAACUCGAGCCAAAAGUCAGAUGCGUCUUAUAAGACAUCAAGUAAGUCAGAAAAGAGGGCUAGUAAGAAUGUGGAGAACAAGAUGUCAACUAACAAUGGCACUCAACCUAUAAGAGAGCAAAUUGAAUCCCAAGAAACAGAACUCAAGCCGACUGAAAAGAGCACCCCAUCGAACGUUAUAGAGGCUAAAUCACAUAAACAGGGUUCUAAAAAAAACGAUAAGACCAGCAAUAAGCCGAGUGCUAGGAAGACCAAAAUUGAGAAAAAAGGAACCGAUGAUAAACAUGCAGGUAAAAAACAAGAUAAGAAUAAAACUAGAAAAUCAAAACUCAAGCCUCUGAAUACUACGGUAUCUAAGACUACCGAAGAUUUGAAUGCAGAUAUGAGGCUGAAUGUUUCGAAACCACCGAGCAUACCGCCCCCUUCGUUGCCAAGAUCACGUACUGUUGCCACUAUAUACAAAGUCCCGGAACUAGACUCUGUUUUUACUAUGAAGCCUAGUGCAAAAAUAGAAGUUGAAGACAUUGAAGAGGAUGUUUAUGAAGAGUCUAAUGUUAGUAUUGUAGAUCUUUCGUGGUUCUUGAGUCGUUCAGCUGUUAUCUCUGAAGUUGGCAAAGAACUAGAUGGCUCAUUUUAUGUCAGAACGUUUGAGGCGACUUCUAAAGAGUUUGGAAAAUGCAUCGUAAACGCCUAUAUUGAGGAUAGAUACAAAGAAUUCGUUCCUCGGGAAGCCUUCAUUACUCAGAUCAAAGUGUUGCAAUGUUUGGCCUCCUGUCCCUUUAUUUUGCCCUUGUUGGAAUAUAUUUCGACCAUAGAAUUGGAUCUGCGCCCAGGUGCUAGAGAUAAACAAACUAGCCUGGUUACGAUUUCUUGUGCCAAGGCAAAAGAUACCAGUGAAGAACCAAAUGAAGAGGAAAAGAUGCUCAAUGUCGAAGAAGAAAAGGCGAAAACAUCUAAAGAGGAAGCCGUAUAUAGUGAAAAGCCUGCUACAGAAAAAGGGAAUCCUGAUUGGAAGAAGUGCAAAAAGAAGUCGGACAAGCCCGUUAAAGAAGACAAAGCAUCUAGAGAGAAGCACAAAAAAACUGAUAAUGAAACCCGAACGCCACUCUCUAAAAAAGAUAGAACCAAGAGUUCCGAUGACUUAAUUAAUCAGCGAUACAUACUGGGCUCAGCGCACAGGCACGCGAAAAAAGGAGAUAAAAGUGAUAAUCACAUAGACGGUGGUAACAUGUCUCCAGAGCGGACAUCGGCUGAUAAAUUUUCAACUCGAAAGAAGAAGCAUAACAAAGGAUCAAAGGAUGACACGGGCGAGACUUUCUCUCGGAAAGGAACAACUGAAAAUCAGCCACUAGAAGUGAAAAAGAGUGAACCUGAGAAAAAAGUCAGCGUAGUCGACUUCGACCUAAAAACACCUGAUAAAACUUCCCGGAAAAAAGCUCACGGUAAAGAGGCGAAAAAGGAUGACAUAAACGAGACUCCUUCAGAGAAAGAAACAGCUCAAAGCCAGCCACAAGAGAUGAAAAAGAGUGAGCCUGAGAAGAAAGUCAGUGCAGUCGACUUUGAACCAAAAACACCUGAUAAACCUUCUCGGAAAAAAAUUCACAGUAAAGAGGUGAAAAAGGAUGACAUAAGUGAGACUCCUUCAGAGAAAGAAACGACUCAAAGCCAGCCACAAGAGAUGAAAAAGAGUGAGCCUGAGAAAAAAGUCAGUGAAGUCGAUUCUGACCCAAAAACACCUGAUAAACCUUCCCGGAAAAAAAUUCACAGUAAAGAGGUGAAAAAGGAUGACAUAAACGAGACUUUCUCUCGGAAAGAAACAACUGAAAAUCAGCCACUAGAAGUGAAAAAGAGUGAACCUGAGAAAAAAGUCAGCGUAGUCGAUUCUGACCCAAAAACACCUGAUAAACCUUCCCGGAAAAAAAUUCACAGUAAAGAGGUGAAAAAGGAUGACAUAAGUGAGACUCUUUCAGGAAAGGAAGCAACUAAAAGCCAAUCGCCGGAAGUGAAAAAGAGUGAACCUGAGAAAAAAGUCAGUGCAGUCGACUCUGACCCAAAAACACCUGGUAAACCUUCUCGAAAAAGAGCUCACAGUAAGGAGGCGAAAAAGGAUGACAUAAGUGAGACUCUUUCAGGAAAGGAAGCAACUAAAAGCCAAUCGCCGGAAGUGAAAAAGAGUGAGCCUGAGAAAAAAGUCAGCGUAGUCGACUUUGAACCAAAAACACCUGAUAAAACUUCUCGAAAAAAGACUCAUGGCAAAGAGGCGAAAAAGGGUGACAUAAGUGAAACCUCUUCAGAGAAAGAAACAGCUCAAAGCCAGCCACAAGAGAUGAAGAAGAGUGAGCCUGAUAAAAAAGUCAGUGUAGUCGAUUCUGACCCAAAAACACCUGAUAAACCUUCCCGGAAAAAAGCUCAUGGUAAGGAGGCGAAAAAGGAUGACAUAAGUGAGACUCUUUCAGGAAAGGAAGCAACUAAAAGCCAAUCGCCGGAAGUGAAAAAGAGUGAGCCUGAGAAAAAAGUCAGUGCAGUCGACUUUGAACCAAAAACACCUGAUAAAACUUCUCGAAAAAAGACUCAUGGCAAAGAGGCGAAAAAGGAUGACAUAAGUGAAACCUCUUCAGAGAAAGAAACAGCUCAAAGCCAGCCACAAGAGAUGAAGAAGAGUGAGCCUGAUAAAAAAGUCAGUGUAGUCGAUUCUGACCCAAAAACACCUGAUAAACCUUCUCGAAAAAGAGCUCACAGUAAGGAGGCGAAAAAGGAUGACAUAAGUGAGACUCUUUCAGGAAAGGAAGCAACUAAAAGCCAAUCGCCGGAAGUGAAAAAGAGUGAGCCUGAGAAAAAAGUCAGCGUAGUCGACUUUGAACCAAAAACACCUGACAAAACUUCUCGAAAAAAGACUCAUGGCAAAGAGGCGAAAAAGGGUGACAUAAGUGAAACCUCUUCAGAGAAAGAAACAGCUCAAAGCCAGCCACAAGAGAUGAAGAAGAGUGAGCCUGAUAAAAAAGUCAGUGUAGUCGAUUCUGACCCAAAAACACCUGAUAAACCUUCCCGGAAAAAAGCUCAUGGUAAGGAGGCGAAAAAGGAUGACAUAAGUGAGACUCUUUCAGGAAAGGAAGCAACUAAAAGCCAAUCGCCGGAAGUGAAAAAGAGCGACUCUGAUCAAAAAACGCCUUCAGAAAAGACAUCGUCCCCAGGAAAACGCUCGAAUGAAAACAGUAGGGUCGAAUCCCCAGCAUCCUCAUCCAAGCAAGGAGAUGAUAUUACAAACAUCAACAACGCUCCACAAUCAGGCAAUCUCAGUUUCACAGAUGAAUUCAACAAACAGCGUUUAAUUGCAUCGCCACAAACAUUGGAACACUUGAAAGGGAAAAAUCUCGAUUUUUUCCUUGUCUUUAAAAGUUACCCUAAUGUUUUGUUAUGGGCCGCAGAGAACGCUGACAUUUAUGUUGAAAAGCUAGUUUGCAGUUUUGCCCGAAAUAUUGUCCAAGCCCUUGUAGAACUUCAUAAAUUGAAGUACAUGCACCGUGCUGUUAUGCCAAGCAAUAUCGUUAUUACUGAUAGUAGACAGGCUUUAUUAUCUGGAUUCGAAAGCGUUAUGGAAACCAAUUACGAUGCCCUUCACAAGCAGCCGAGGCUCGUUCUAAGUUCAACACGCUAUAGGCCGCCGGAGUUGAUUUCUGAAAGCAGAGACCAAGAUAUUAAACUAGACUCGUGGGGUUUAGGUGUUACAGUCUUCGCUAUGUUGACAGGCCAUCCACCUUUUACCGAAAAGAACCGUUUUCUUCUAGAACAAGCAAUAAAAGAAAAAGAGUUGAAAUUCGAUGCUGGUGAAUGGUCAGGAAUCUCUGAGAGCGCGAGAGACUUUUGCAGAAUUUUAUGUGUGAAAGAGCCAAGUCAGAGACCCACCGUUGAAGAGGUUUCGGAUCAUCCCUGGCUGGCUGGCAGAGAUGCAGGCAAAAAAAAACUACUUUUAAAUAAACAAAAUUUAUUAUAG